AUGAAAUUUUCUGAUGACGCUGUCGUCACGGAAUCCAAUCUCCGUUUCUAUUACGAGAAGAUUUGCCCAGUCCGUGAGCUUGUGAGAUGGGUGUCUUACGAGGGUGAGAUGUUCAUUUUGGCUCCUUCUAAAGAGCGCGACACGGGAGGUAGCGCAACGGAAUACUACAUGAGAUGGCAGUGUUUUGAAAGCCAUAGACAGCUUCAAAAUGUCUUGUACGGUCGGGACAGUGUUCCGUACAAGAUUGAUAUCGGUGCCGUAUACAAUAAGCCCGUUUCGCUUAUGCAGCUAAGCGGUAGCGACUUCCACGCCGUGGAACGAGAGCUUGUGUUUGAUAUCGAUAUGAACGAUUAUGAUGACCUCCGAACAUGCUGCUCGGAUAAGCGUAUUUGUGAAAAGUGUUGGCGUUUUAUCAGCCUCGCUGCGGAGAUCAUAACUCGCAGCCUCACCGAAGACUUUGGAUACAAGGAUAUUUUAUGGGUCUAUUCUGGCCGCCGUGGAAUACAUUGCUGGGUUUGCGAUGCACGCGCACGUGCGCUAUCUAGUGAGGCCAGGAGCGCAAUAGUUGACUACUUGACACUGAUAGGGGCGGACGGGCACAAAAAGCGUGUCAACCUUUUUGGUAUCGAGGAACACCCCGCAGUGCUUCGCGCCUUCGACAUAUGCUAUCGCACCUUCGACCAUUUGUUACGUGAGCAAAACUUUCUAGCAAAAGAGGUUCACCUACAAUCGCUCCAGGACUACAUAACUGACCGAUUCCCCAAAGCUCAUCAGCUGCUGCAACGGGCUACGAAGAAUCCGGUUAAGAGUUCAUGUGAGCUUUUCGACGAACUUUGCAAGCUAUUGGACGUUGAAACGCCUUCUGAGUAUCGCGAAAGCACGCACGGGUCACACAGCAGGAAGGAUGCAUUCCCUACAGCGUUCAGGGAAUUGGUAAUCGCAUUUUCAUAUCCGAGGCUUGAUGCAGCUGUUACAAAGGAUAUUGGCCAUCUUCUCAAGUCCCCCUUUUGUAUCCAUGCUAAGACAGGUCGUGUGUGUGUUCCCCUCCAGUUUGAAAUGAUCUCCACCUUCCGCCCCGAAUCGGUGCCAACGCUGGCUGCUCUGCGCCAAUACUACGAUAGUCAUGGUGGCGAUAUGCAGGAAUCACCUCUUAGCCCAUACACACGAUACUUUCGUGAGCGCUUCCUCCAAAGCUGCUUAGUUAACGGUGUAAAAGAGAGGCGUGGUGUGUCCGACUUGUAG